GGUUCGCCAUGGAGCCCUUCUGUCCUCUCCUGCUGGCGGGUGUUAGCUUGCCGCUCGCCAAGGCUCUCAAGGGCAACGAGACCACCUCGGCUGUCAGCAACCAGACCUCGACAACCUCAGUGGUGAGCACGGUGGACCAGGACGGUGGCCUGCAGUGCAGACUCUAAAGUGAGGUGCAGGUGUGCACGAAGGAUGACGGAGGAGGUUCUGGUAUCAGGCAAGAAGUUCUAAUGCGAUGGCGGAGCAACUGAUUUGCAAACUGCAAAGGGCAGUCUAGUGUUGGGGCUCUUUCUUUGCCCAAACCCCACUUUCCCCGUUGUCUGAGUCCUUGCCUCGGGUCCCCCGUUGGAAUGGGGACCGGCUCUGCCCGCAGGCCCUCCUGACCAGGGCGCACCCCAGCCCCUGCUGGCCUGGCUGCUGCUGCCUCUGCUGCUCUUCGUCCUCCUCCUGCUCCUCGCCGCCUACUUCUUCAGGUUCAGGAAGCAGAGGAAAGCCGUGGUCAGCGCCAAUGACAAGAAGAUGCCCAACGGAAUCCUGGAAGAGCAAGAGCAGCAAAGAGUGAUGCUUCUCAGCAGGUCCCCCUCCGGACCCAAGAAGUACUUUCCCAUCCCCGUGGCGCACUUGGAGGAGGAGAUCCGCGUCCGCUCUGCAGAUGACUGCAAACGCUUUCGGGAGGAAUUCAAUUCGUUGCCAUCAGGACACAUACAAGGAACUUUCGAACUGGCCAAUAAAGAAGAAAACAGAGAAAAAAACAGAUAUCCCAACAUCCUUCCCAAUGAUCAUUCCAGGGUGAUUUUGAGCCAAGUGGAUGGAACCCCCUGCUCAGACUACAUAAAUGCUUCCUACAUAGAUGGUUACAAAGAGAAGAAUAAAUUCAUCGCAGCUCAAGGCCCCAAACAGGAAACAGUGAAUGACUUCUGGAGAAUGAUCUGGGAACAGAAGUCGGCCACCAUCGUCAUGUUGACAAACCUGAAAGAAAGGAAAGAGGAGAAAUGCUCCCAGUACUGGCCUGACCAGGGAUGCUGGACCUAUGGAAACAUCCGUGUGUGCGUGGAGGACUGCGUGGUUCUGGUAGAUUACACCAUCCGGAAAUUCUGCAUACAGUCCCAGCUCCCCGAGGGCUGCAAAGCCCCACGGCUCGUCUCCCAGCUGCACUUCACCAGCUGGCCCGACUUUGGAGUGCCUUUCACCCCCAUCGGGAUGCUGAAGUUCCUGAAGAAAGUGAAGGCCCUCAACCCCGCCCACGCCGGGCCCAUAGUGGUCCACUGUAGCGCGGGCGUGGGCCGGACGGGCACCUUCAUCGUGAUCGAUGCCAUGAUGGACAUGAUGCAUGCCGAGCAGAAGGUCGAUGUCUUUGACUUUGUGUCCAGAAUCCGCAACCAGCGCCCUCAGAUGGUUCAAACGGACACGCAGUACACGUUCAUUUACCAAGCCUUACUGGAAUACUACCUCUACGGGGACACCGAGCUCGAUGUGUCCUCCCUGGAAAAGCACCUGCAGACGCGUCACGGCUCCACCACCCACUUCGACAAGAUAGGGCUGGAGGAGGAAUUCAGGAAACUCACCAACGUCCGGAUCAUGAAGGAGAACAUGAGGACGGGCAACCUGCCGGCAAACAUGAAGAAGGCCAGGGUCAUCCAGAUCAUCCCAUAUGACUUCAACCGGGUGAUCCUUUCCAUGAAAAGGGGUCAAGAAUACACAGACUACAUCAAUGCGUCCUUUAUAGACGGCUACCGACAGAAGGACUAUUUCAUCGCCACCCAGGGGCCGCUGGCACACACGGUGGAAGAUUUCUGGAGGAUGGUGUGGGAGUGGAAGUGCCACACGGUCGUGAUGCUGACGGAGGUCCAGGAGAGAGAGCAGGAUAAAUGCUACCAGUAUUGGCCAACAGAGGGCUCAGUGACUCAUGGCGAAAUAACAAUCGAAAUAAAAAGCGAUACGCUUUCGGAAGCCAUCAGCAUACGGGACUUCCUGGUCACCUUCAAUCAGCCCCUAGGCCACCAAGAGGAGCAGACCCGUGUGGUCCGCCAGUUCCACUUCCAUGGCUGGCCCGAGAUCGGGAUUCCGGCCGAGGGCAAAGGCAUGAUCGACCUCAUCGCGGCCGUGCAGAAGCAGCAGCAACAGACGGGCAACCACCCGAUCACUGUGCACUGCAGUGCUGGAGCCGGGCGAACAGGUACAUUCAUUGCGCUCAGCAACAUUCUGGAACGAGUCAAAGCCGAGGGCCUUUUAGACGUAUUCCAAGCUGUGAAGAGUUUGCGACUUCAGAGACCACAUAUGGUGCAAACCCUGGAACAGUAUGAAUUCUGCUACAAAGUGGUACAAGAUUUUAUUGAUAUAUUUUCUGAUUAUGCUAAUUUCAAAUGAAAAUUCCUGCCUUAAAAUAUUUUUUAAUUUAAUGGUCAGUAUAUUUUAUAAAAAUCAUGUUAAUUUAUUUCAUAGUUGACAUUAAUACCCGUCCUAAUUUCUUUGUAUAUAUUUUGUUAUGCUUUAAAGGCCACCUGCUAUAAAGUCAUUAAACCUUAAAUACCCCUUUUAAAAACUGGAAUAAUGUAUUAAGGUCAAGUAAUAGCCCAUAAAAUAUAUUUCUGCUAAUAUCAGUAAAUAUUUUAAUUUGGCAUUGGGUUCAUCACAUCCCCAAAUUUCACACAUGCAGCACCUCGAAAUGUUAAAAAUUUUAAUAUGCAACGUGUGCUUACACAGGAGAGUAAACACAAAGCCCGCUGUUAGGAAAGUGGUCGAGGACUCAAAAAUCAGUUGAAAAUUCUCUUUCCUGACAAUGAUUUUACAGCCCUGAGCAGUGGCGUUUUGUGGAAGGUAAAACGUUCAUGAGGAUACCCGUAAAUAGGGAAUUCUGUGAAAUCUUCUGUCCCAACUCACGUUUUGAUUUUUGCAUUUAAAGAUCGAAGACGCUACAGGCUGAAUGCAGGUAUAAAACCCGUUAGCGCCCUUGGUGGCCGUAGCGUGAGACUUAAACUCGCGUUUGCUCAAGGUGGGUCCCGGCUGUCUCGGCUGGAAGAGGGGAGGUGGAGGGCCCGUGGCAAGGUUCACCCACGGCUCUGGGUACAGCAAAACCAGCCCUCGGGCUGUGCUCCCACGUCGCCCCUCGCCGUCCGUCUGUCUGGGCAUGGGACUCAGAUGACCUCCUGAGAAUCAGACCAGCUGCCUUUCUCGCCCUCGCCUCCCGUCCUGCUUCCCCGCCCCCCCCAAGCUGGUCUUGAGUUGUUCCACGCGCUCAACACCAACUCUCCCCAGUCCUGACGUUCAGAUCAAUCCGAACGUCGGACUCCCACAGCUGCAAGGAGCACACACUUGGGGAGAGGACCACAAGCAAUUACGCUUUAAACUUUCUGAGAAGCAUUUUGGUAUUUCAGAAGGAAAAACGAAAAACCUUGUAAAAGCUAAGAUUGUUUAUAAGGAAAGAAAUCUUAAAAUCUAGAUUUAUAUAGUUUUUUUAAAAGUCCCACUCCCCAAUAUUUAAAUAAAAGAAAAAGAGAGAGAAAUCCUUAAACCUAAGGCUAGCUUAUUUUUGAAUGGAAAUACUACUGAGAGCUUUGACACUGGGUAAUGAUGAUCUCACUGCCAGACAGGAUUGGUUUGUGGGACAACACAAAAGGGGGGGGAGAGGAUGAAUGUAGAAAAGUUUAAUUUAAUGACUGAUUUUUCAUGGCCAAUAGGUAGCAGAUAAGCACAAUGUAAAAAAAAAAAAAAAAGACACCUGCUUUAACUUACAAAAAGCAUUUAACGUGCAUUUGGGGUACUUUUUUUUUUUUUUUGCUUUUUCAAAGAAAUAUAAAGGCCUUAUUUGACAUUACCACUGAGAAGUGAUUGCACCCCCUAUUGCACUGUCCAUCCCAUGUCCGUCCCUGGUGUGCACGAUGCAACCCCAGGGCUGGUUACAUGCUAAUCGUCACUUUGCGGUAAUCAAGUCUCCGAGGCUCCCCUGAGCACCCCCAGGCAAGAGGAGGUGCCAGCUGGAAGGACAUGAGCACAACUUUGUGACCGCUGCCUCCGCACCUGCCAGCCGCAUCCCUGGGCCACACACGCACUGCCAGACAUCCCUCUCUCCCUCCCGGUACAGUGAGAAUGCAUUGGGGUCGAGGAGGAACAUGGAGGGAACUUUGCAAGAUGCACCAGUUGGUCCCAUAUGUUUUCGUUGUUAAAAUCUCAAGUCCAAAGCCUUUCUUUGACGGAAGGAGAAGAGAGAGAACCAAGCUUUUGUUUGGCACCAACCCUAGAAACCGAGCCGGCUAGCUGUGACUAGUAUCGUAUCUGAGGGUUCAAAGUCGAGGGAAUGAAUUUGGGUCUAAUUUAGGAACCCUUAUUAGAAUCUGUCAGGCCUUUUUGUGGCCUACCUGAUAUCUCUUGGAUGGAGAUUAAGAUCAAGGCUUAUCCGGGGUGCCCUCGGGAAAGUGUCCCGUGUGUGUGUUCUUCUGGCCCCUGUGUCCACUGCAGGCAUCCUGGCACCCACUGUGGCCCUUCCAGUUCUGGAGACAAAGCAGAAGCCACUGUCCCUUGGAGGCACUUGCCUUUCUGGGGGCCUGGGAAUUGUAGCCUCAUGGCCUCUGCCCAGGCCCCCCCCCAACCAAGUCCAAGGUCUCCCCAGUCCAAACAGUCUCUUUGGGCACUUGGGGACCGGCUACCCUAUCUGUGCCAGCCAGAAAGCUGACCUCUCCUUCCCCCUCGGUCAAAGUAGGUCCAUUGUAGAUAACAAACAGCGCCAUGAGGACAGCGCCCACGACGCCGUUCUUCCCUUCACGUUUUUGUAUGUUGCAUGCGGUUGCAUUCAAAUGCCAAAUAGCGAUUAGGAGCCUACUGUUCUGAUCGACAAGCCAUACGGUCACUGUGUGACUCACCUUACUGUUUCUCUCCACGUGCUAGACGAAUGAAGAAUGCAUACCAGUGUUUUAAAAGGUAUUUUUAUGUGUUUUUAAAAACUUUUUAAAAUGAGCCUGACAUGUCUGUUUCAGCACUCCGAGACAUGCCCAUGUUAUUUUUAAAAUGUAUGAUUACUGAUAUUUUUGUUUAACUCAGUUGUGUUUAAUUUAUGUGCAAUCUUUAUAAUAUAUGUAUGUAUUCCUGUUUCAACUAUCAUAUUUUCUUUUAUUACAUCUAUAAUUUGAUCUUGCUCUGAUUAUAAUGCCAGUGAAUGUUGCUGAAUUCUUUGUAUAUGCAAAUUGCAAGAUCUAAAACAUUCUGAUGCAAGGAUAAAUCUUUACUUUGACUUCCAGCCUGUGUCUCUUUCUUCCAUGAAAUCUCUUCAUUUCAUUCCUGUGCCUUACAUCCUUUUAGACAAGACAUUCAUUAGGAGGUAGGCAUUGACUUAUGUGGACAAUUAAUUUAGGACUUCUAAAAUCUAGCUCAGCCCUGGCAUGGAAACAGCCCUGACACUGGGCAUGGUGGCUGGGGGGUUGGCCUCAGCUUCCAGAGCGCGUGAGCUCUGUAUGCAGCACGGAGUAAUAACUCGCCCUCUGGGAGCCUGUGCUCCUACUAGAGUCCAAACAGGAAUCUGUGCUCUGAGCAGUGGUUUCUCAGAGUCCCCAAGGAAGAUGACAGAAUGCUUAAAGUCCAAGGCCAUGUGGAAU